AUGCUAUCUUCAUUUCAGUCUCCCAGGUCAUGGAUAUCUCUCUUGACACCGUUGCUAGGGGCCCAGGUGGCUCUGGCAUCGAUUAAUCUAGACUUGGGAAGCGAUGCUUCCAUCAAGAAAGCUGCAAGCGAUAUCGCCUUUGGAAUGGUAUCUUACUAUACCGGAAACCACACCGGAGAUGUCCCAGGCAAUUUGCCAGACCCAUACUACUGGUGGGAGGCCGGCGCGAUGUUCGGAGCUCUCAUAGAUUAUUGGCACUACACAGGCGACGACUCCUAUAAUAAGAUCACGCAGCAAGCAAUGCUUCACCAAGUCGGAAAAGAUAAAAACUAUGAGCCUAACAACCAAAGCCGCAGUCUUGGAAAUGACGAUCAAGCGUUCUGGGCUAUUACAGCAAUGACCGCUGUUGAGACUAAAUUCCCUGACCCUCCACCGGAGGAGCCGCAGUGGCUUUAUCUUGUCCAAGCGGUAUUCAACCGUCAGGCAGCGCGUUGGGAUGAAGACACCUGUAAGGGAGGACUAAGAUGGCAGAUUUUUACUCUCAACAAUGGAUAUCACUAUAAGAAUGCGAUCUCCAACGGUGCUUUCUUCCAUAUGGCCUCACGCCUGGCGAGGUACACCAACAAUGGCACAUAUGCUGAAUGGGCUGAGAGGGCCUGGGACUGGAUGACUGCCGUCAAACUUAUCAGCCCAACCUACCAGAUUUUCGACGGUACUGAUUCUGUCGACAACUGUUCCAGCAUCAACCAUAUUCAAUGGACUUACAAUAACGGUAUCUUGCUCCUUGGUGCUGCUCACAUGUACAAUCACACUAAUGGAGAUGCCAAAUGGAAAACUCGUCUCGACGGUCUUAUCACAGGCGCCGGGGUCUUCUUCUCACAGAAAGAACCAAAAGGCGUUAUGAUUGAAGUCGCCUGCGAAGCCAAUGGGAACUGCAACAACGAUCAACGCUCGUUCAAAGCCUAUAUGAGCCGCUGGAUGGCCGCAACCAUGCUAUUAGCGCCACACACCCAGGAAAUCAUUCUGCCUCUGAUCCAGGCAUCAGCAAAGGCGGCAGCCCUGCAAUGCAAUGGCCCCAAUAACGCAUGUGGCCUCUACUGGACCAAAGGCGCAGACUGGGGUACUUCCAAGACUGGAGUAGGCGAACAGAUGUGCGCCCUGGAAGUUAUUCAAUCCAACCUCUGGAAAAACAUCAAGGGUCCCGCCAACAUCAAGACCGGUACGAGUAAGGGUGAUCCGAGCGCUGGUGGUGGCCCUGCAAUGAAGCAACCAUCAGUAAUCGACACUGGAGACAGAGCCGGCGCUGGAUUUUUGACUACUAUCAUUCUACUAGGCAUUGCUGGUGGCGUAUGGUGGAUGGUAUCAUAA